AUGCAGCGCAGCGCAGCCAAGGGCCUCGAUGCCUUAAAUACAGAGUCAUGGACGAGACAUCCAGACUUCCUUGUUUACCUGCUCUCUCUCACUCACAACAUCACCAACAACAACAACAACAACGUCAACGACAACAACAACGACAAGCGACAAACGACAUCACCACCCCCGGCGUCCGUCCUGCGGCCCUCGUCCCUGGCCGUCUCCCUCGAGGAAGCCCGCAGCUCCAAGCCACCAACAGACCAGCGGCCAGCACCAAACCAUCCGUCCGGCUGUCCUUGGACGCGCGACCAGGAACCGCCCAGAGCUCGUCUCUGUCAAUUGGGAUCUUCUGCAGGGCAGUGGCCGGCUGGACAGGCUGACAGAAUAAAAGGGGAGAUGGUUGAGCUUCACGCCGGCAGCUCCAGCACCAUCACCAUCACCACCACCACCGCCGCCGCCGCCGCCAGGAGGACGCACAAUAACAGGCGAGAUGCAGGCUCAGCAGCUUCGACCGUCCUCCAGCUAAAGGCCAUGGCCUCCUCCUCCUCCCGCCGCGCAGCAGCCAUGCCUGCCUCGCCGUUGAUCGCCCUGCUACUGGUCCUGCUGCUCGCUGUCCAGGCCGGCCGCGCAGCCCUCGUCCCCUUCAGAAACUGCCUGCCGGACGCCAUCACCAAGUCUAGUCCCGUCAAGCUGCAGUUCAUACCUCUCUACGUCGCCGCGCAGUUCAACAGCACGCGGCCGGACCUCAAUCUCAACGUCACUGUCUACGGAAACGUCAGCGGCACCGAGACGAAGGAGCCAUACCCGCCCCCAGACGACCCGCGAUGGAGCAACCCCAACGAGACACUGGGCAAGAUAGUCAGUGUAAACCCGUCGACAAACACCUUUACCACCCUGUUCCCACGGCUAGACGUUGUCAGCUUCUCGGCUGCCGGUGGCUCGGUCCAGCCGUUCUGCGACUCUCUCACCCAGGGCGAGUGUCCUCUCGGGCCCGUCUUUAACUUCACCCAGGACUCGACGGCGGAUCUGCGGGCGUUCUCGACGACGUACAAUAUCACUUCGUCCUACGCGUUCGCUUCUCUCCUGGCUACGCUCGAGGUCAAGGCUGGAGACGCUAGCAAGACGCCCUACACCUGCGUGGUGGCAGACAUCGCCCCAGACCUGGGUGAUCCCCUGAGAUCAGCUCUCGCAUACGUUCCCCUUGCUAUACUCUUGCUCGUUGGCGUGGCUACUGUCUACGCUGCCAUCUACAGCCCUUGGGGAACCACAGAUAUCUUCCGCUGGACCUGCAACUAUGGCCGAGACGAGGACCUCAUCCGUCUCGUCACGCCCGGAUUCGCAGACUGCCUGCAGUAUAUCCAGUUCAUCAUACUCACCGGCUCGCUUACCCUGAGUUAUCCGGGCUACUACCAACCCGUCGUCAGCCAGAUCGGUUGGUCUGUCCUCAUGUUCAACCAGAGCUUCGUCAGCCAUGGCAACGGCACGACGCCCCUGAUAGAUGGCGUCUACUCCGUCAACGGCACCUACGGGCUCGACCGCAUGGGCCAGUUCGUUGGCAUGACUCGAGCCGCGGACAUCUGGGCAGGCACUGUCAUCUGGCUACUUGUCAUCCUCGCUGCCGUCACAGCGAUCAUCCUGCUCGGUUUCGGUCUCAGAUGGCUCCAUCACAGCGUCAGCCACAUCGCAGAGCAGGAUCUGCAGUCCAAAAACACAGCCUUCACAAUGGGAAACGUCGUUCGUAUCGUAUUCAACUUCUUCCUUCUCCCGCUAGUCUCACUAUCCAUGUUUCAGCUCGUCGAGGCUGGCUCCUCUCCCGUCUAUGUCGUGGCCCUGGCUGUCAUCUUACUUGUCCUGCUCGUUGGAUUCGCUGCAUGGCUCCUCUAUCUCAUCUUCUGCACCCGUCCUCGCUCGUAUCUCUUCGACGAUCUGCCUACUGUGCUAUUGUACGGACCACUCUACAACACCUUCAGCGAUGGAGCGGCGCCUUUCGCUCUCAUAUCUGUGCUGCUCACCUGCAUGCGAGGGGUGGCCAUUGGCGCCGUUCAGCCGUCGGGGAUAGCCCAGAUUGCUAUCCUGGCCAUCUGUGAAGUCACCAUGAUCCUCACCCUCAUCGCUUUUCGGCCAUACGAGUCUCCCACUUCGAUGAAUGCAUAUCAUACCAUAUUUGCACUGGUUCGGUGUCUCACUAUCCUCCUAUGCGUUGCCUUUGUUCCCUCUCUCGAUAUUCCGGACCCGGCAAAGGGAUGGAUUGGCUACGUUAUCCUCAUACUACAUGGCAUGGUCCUCAUAUUCGGAUUCUUCUUGAAUGCCAUCCAAACUCUCAUCGAAGUUGUAGCCAGACAAGCCGGAGCUGGUGAUGUAGGAGUUCAGGGUGAGGCCGCUAGAGGUGGUUUGGUAAAGGUAUGUUCACACUCAAUUGGGCUUUUCUACAUUCUAUCCGUCAGUACAUCGGUGCUCACUAACCUACCUCUACAGGUAUUUGGUGUCCGUCAACUAUCCCGUCGCACCCCCAGGAAGCGCCACAUACCGCGCAGAAGCACCAAUUCUGAGGCUGCCAUGCUCAACGUUGACUUGGAGCGCCCGUCAACUCAGCUCGACAGUGAGCGGCCCAGAAGUUUUUCAGGCAGCUCGGCCGUCCUGCUAAAUCGGCCUGGCUUGGACCAGGCAAGCACCGGGUUUGAGUCCGGGGCCGGGAGCCUGUUCAAUGCCAGCAACCCGCGUGGACCGGGCAGUGGCCCGUACACGCCUACCACCCUGGGAGCCUUCUCAGCCGGGCCAGGACAAGCUUCAGGCGGCGGCGGGUCACCGCGCAGCGGCAUCAUGCAUAUGCAUCUUAAACACGAGACGGCAGACCCGUACUACCGUCCGCCCCGGCAACGGCGCGCUACCCUUGAAGGAAUACGCCACAGUUCAUGGAAUAGCAGCGAUAUGGGCAAUGGACAGUCAAGCCGUGUGGCUAACACUCCCGAUCUGGAUCCAGACGCAGACCAUGAUGCCGAUGUCCUAGCUAAUCACCCUGUCGGUAAUGGAAGCACCCCAACGCCAGCUUAUCUCGGCGCACCCAGAGAAGAUCCCGACGGCGACGGAGAUGGUGAUCCUUCCCUUCGAACAGAUUACGCAGUUCGCGAAGUAGACUUUUACUACCGGGUUAGAGGCCCUGCACUGUCGCAUUCCGCUACUAGGAAACUCAAGACCGGUCCUGCUGAUCCCACCGGCCCUGUAUCCUCGGCCAGCGGAUGGCUAAAGAACCUAUUCGGUGGGAAAACAAAGGAUAAAGGCAAGGGCUUCGAGGUUGUCCGAAGCUCUCGUGCGCCUCCCCAGGCUGCAAUGCAGCGACCACCGCCACCUGAACAGGAUAAAUUCACAGAGCCUUACAAGGAUGACCCUGACAGUGCACAGGAUCCAAAUACUACUGCUACUACCUCUGGUCCUGCUCCAAAUCCUGAUCCAAAAGCUUCCCCUGUCACUGAAAAGGCCAAAGCAGCGGCUACUUCAGACAACGACAAACCACUCCUACCACCUAUUCUGCUUGAAGACGCUAUUGAAUUACCCAGCCGAGCAAACACUCGCAAUGUCACACCAGAUGCUACAUCCGCUCACUCACGCUCUCAAUCCCAAUCACAUCCAGGAGCCCACGGCGGCAUGCGAAUAAGGCCGCCAACUAUCCCCCGCAAAAGCUCAAAGCGCGGUAGUUCCGUUGACCUAAAAGACGUAAAACCUGGUGCAGCAGGGUCUUUCAUAGGCGGGCCUCAUUCCCGCAACAGUUCUCGGGAUUAUGAAGCCACCAACUCCGAGGCGCUCGUUCCUCAACGGACGUUCUCAAACCGAGUUAUUCAGCAGUCACGAUUACCGUUUGGUUCAAAGUCGUCUUCAACACACAGUGCUCCUGUAUCACUCGACUCUAAUGAUUCGAUGGCACAACCUCAUGCUACUGCUGAUGGGACAGAUACGACUGACCAACCUUCUUCUCCAGGGCCCAGACAGAGAAACACAUCAACUGCGACUUUCGAAGCUACUCGACGGGGAAAGUUGAAGGGCAUGGGAUAUGUCCAACAGCAUCGAGCCAGCGACCACAUCCAUGAAACAAGCUUAUCCGGUGGCAGCACCGCAGAAUUUAUAGGCGAUCACCCUCUUCCACCUACCUCCGCUCCCUCAUCCUGA